AUGGAUCGUCUUAGAGAGCGUCAUAACCCUUAUCCUGAACGAAAACCUCUUAGUAAUGUCAAUAUCAUGAAAUGUAAAGUACGUGGUCGUGGAAAAAGUUUAAGAGUUCCAGGUGGAAAUAUGCCAUUUGAUAGAAAUCCACAGUUUCGCGGUCUUCAACCUCCAAGUCCUUUUUGGGACGAGUCUAAAACAUUCGAGCCUUCCCAAGCUCCAAUGUUUGACUUUUUUGUAAAUGGGAAUGGACCUGGUGUGCAAGACAAUAAUGUUAAGUUUAAUAAGAAUGAUCCUGCUUUCCUUGAAGCGCGUCUUGCACUUGAACGCCCUUGUCGAACCUUAUUCAUCAGAAAUAUUCAGUAUGGUACCAAAACUGAACUCGUUCGAUCAAAAUUUGAAGAAUAUGGAGAGAUAAGAGAUAUCUUUGAUAUAAUUGAAAAGAGAGGAAUGUUAUUUCUAAGUUUUUAUGACAUACGAGCUUCCGAGAAAGCAAAGGUGGAAAUGCAGAAUUAUGAAUUUGGAGGUCGCAAGAUCGAUGUACACUAUUCAUUGCCAAAGGAGAACGAAGAAAUGAUAUAUUGUGAUCGGGACAAGAAUCAGGGUACUCUCUUCAUAACACUUAAAGAAGGAAAAGCUCCCCUUGAUAAUGAUGCCUUAAUACAUCAUUUUUCUCAAUUUGGCGAAGUUAAAGUCGUUCGAGAAUAUCGUACUCAUCCAAAUCAAAGGUUUGUAGAAUUCUGGGAUAGUCGAGCUUGUACACGUGCUCAUGAUGCUACUUUGAAUGCAGAAUACAAUGGAGGACAUUUUGAUUGUAAAUUUGCUUGGGACGUAUCUGCAAAACAAAGAGCUGGAAAUAUAAUAAAUCGCCUUUCGAUAGGAAAUGAAUUGUUACUUAAACGUCCUGCAGAUAUUAAUAAUUUCGAAAGGAUUCCAUUUCACGAGCAUGCCGAUGAAAAUUUUGUCAACCGGUCAGCCGACGUUGAAGAUUUUCUUAAUCGAUUAAGCCCACAACUUCUUGCUGGUGAGAUGACUCAACGUUACCAUGAAAAUGGAUAUCCUAGUGCCCGAGAUGUUCACGAAUAUUCGCCCGAAAAUGGAUAUAAUGGAGCAGCUUUUCCUUCACCACAAUCUUCACAACAUUCUUCACCACAAAAUCAACGUGUUACACCUCAAACCCAAUUCUCUAACGUGAAAACUGAGCCAAAAAGCGUCAUUGACUUUGGGCCAUUGUCGGAAACGGAACGUUUGGAGCAAGCCAACAAAGUUCAACAGGUUUAUGAUUUCUAUGAUUGCGGCUACACAAUUGGCUCAGUUAAUUGUACAACAAUGAGCUCUCAAGUCGCACCUGUAUUAAAUAACACGGUUUAUAAUAAUGCCUUGGGAAUUACCCCAGGCGUUAAUCCCGUCGUGAACCCCGCAUUUUUAAAUGCGAUCGUUAAUGAGAUUAGUGCUGGUCAUAACCAUCAAACUGUGCAAGCUGCUAAUUCAGAUAAGAAUCAUACCGAUACCAAUCCCAACAUGUCACAACCAUCUCAAAGAUCCAAUACGAUUCGUGUCAAUGAAUUGUUGGCUUUAUUGGUUCAAAAACAACAAAUUGACGCUAAUUCUGUAACGUUGCAACAGCAGCAACAACACUAUGUUGGUACUAAUCAGUACAAUAACAAUUACAAUACUCAACAACAACAAAUUCUUCCCGGUGGAUUUCAAUAUUCUUUAAUUCCUCAACAACAGCAAACCUAUCAACAGAAUAAUGUAACAACUUAUCCCAAUCCAUAUGAAUCAUUGACACCACAGAAAAUUCAAACCCAUCCACCACCGCAACAAUUGGCAUCAUUCACAAAUCAUUACGAUCAUUCAUCCUAA